AUGAACAGUCUAUUCCAACUAUUUCAGAGAAGUGUUGAGGCGGCCAUAGUUUUACGCAUGGUGUUAGCUCUACCCCAUCUUCCUGCUGAGUCCCAAAUUAAUUGUAAUUUCACAAUGUUAGAUGGUUUUCAAAUAAUCGUGGAUUAUGUCAACCAACAACCUGUAAUUCGCGAACGCCUACAAGGAUUUUUAUUUGGCUACAUACACGAUUUUUGGUUUAGACAAAUAACUGCUGAAAACAUAAGUUUCUUUGGGUCAGAGGUUCGAACUAAAAAUUAUGUUGAGUCCUUUCAUGCCACACUCAAGACCAGUGGCGUGGCGUGGGUAUUAAAAAGAUGUAAGCAGUGA